GCCUUUGAAACAACCCUAUAUUGGGGGGGGGGGGCGUGAACUUGCAAACAUCAGAGCUCCCAGAUCUUGCUGCUUUUCUCGAGUUUAAUGAGAACAGUGGCCGAGCCAGGAAGGUAAAGCCCAGGCAGCUGUAGGCGAGUGUGGGUUGUAUUUGAUGUUCACAAAAGAAUAGCAGUGGCGGGGUGUUGCUCAGCGAAGUGUGCAUUUUCAAGUUACCCACAGUGGUGUCUAUUGUCCUGUUUCUCAAUUGAAUGAUGUCAUGUUUCAUUUAAGGCUCUUAGUGAUGCUGAAGUCUGUGGUCUGCACACCAGGGGGAAAAAGGCAGUGAGAAAGUUGCCAAUCAGGUUUUUGUAAAGCCUUUGUGUGUUGGGUUUUGAGAGAUAAAAGCUGACUCAUGCAAUAUUUCUACGGAAGGAGCUGCACAGACUAGUAAAGGCUUCUUGUUUUACCUGACUGAGUGCCCAGUGAGGUCACCGCAUCAGCUGAAGGCAGACGAUGUGGCUCAGCCCGGGGAGAGCACAGAUGCGCACCAGUUGCGUCUUGAAGUGCCAUCAGCUGUAACGGAAGUUCCAGCGCCCAAAACCCCAACCAGGCCCCCCCACUCCCAAGAACGGAAAACCAUGGAGCUCUCGGACAGCGACCGCCCGGUCAGCUUCGGCUCCACCUCAUCCUCGGCCUCCUCCCGGGACAGCCACGGUUCCUUCGGCAGCAGGAUGACAUUAGUUUCCAACAGCCACUUGGGCUUGUUUCCUCAGGAUAAGGAGGCAGGGGCCAUAAAGCUGGAGCUGAUGCCAGCCAGGCCGUUUUCCAGCAGCGACCUGCAGAGGGAUGGCGCAGCCGGGCAGCAGAACACGGACGAGGGCGGCGAGGGGCAGCCCCGGGCCCAGCGCAGAGGGGAUGCCAACGGGGCGACUAAACUGGGUACAGACUCGGCCACCAGCCCCAAGCUGCUCUAUGUGGACCGAGUAGUGCAGGAGAUUCUGGAGACUGAAAGGACCUACGUGCAGGAUUUAAAAAGCAUCGUCGAGGAUUACCUUGACUGCAUCAAGGACCAAACGAAACUUCCUCUGGGCACGGAAGAAAGAUCAGCCCUCUUUGGAAACAUCCGGGAUAUCUACCAUUUUAAUAGUGAACUGCUGCAAGACUUGGAAAACUGUGAAAAUGACCCCGUGGCCAUAGCAGAAUGCUUUGUGUCGAAGAGUGAAGAGUUCCACAUUUACACCCAGUAUUGCACCAACUAUCCCAGAUCAGUGGCGGUGCUCACCGAGUGCAUGAGGAAUAAGAUGCUGGCUAAAUUCUUCCGGGAGCGUCAGGAAACUUUGAAACACUCACUGCCUUUGGGGUCCUAUCUCUUGAAACCAGUUCAGCGGAUUCUCAAGUAUCAUCUUCUUUUGCAUGAAAUAGAAAAUCACCUUGACAAGGACACAGAAGGCUACGAUGUGGUACUUGAUGCUAUAGACACGAUGCAGCGAGUCGCCUGGCACAUCAAUGACAUGAAGCGGAAGCAUGAACAUGCCGUCCGGUUACAGGAGAUACAAAGUUUGCUCACUAACUGGAAGGGGCCAGACCUGACCAGCUACGGUGAACUGGUACUCGAGGGAACCUUCCGCCUCCAGCGGGCCAAGAACGAGCGGACGCUCUUCCUCUUUGACAAGCUGCUUCUCAUCACCAAGAAGAGAGAUGACACGUUCACGUACAAAGCUCACAUCCUGUGUGGCAACCUCAUGCUUGUGGAGGUGAUUCCGAAGGAGCCCCUCAGCUUCAGCGUCUUCCACUACAAGAACCCCAAGCUGCAGCACACCGUGCAGGCAAAGUCACAGCAGGACAAACGCCUGUGGGUUCUGCACCUGAAGAGGCUGAUCCUGGAGAACCACGCGGCCAAGAUUCCAGCUAAGGCCAAGCAAGCGAUACUUGAGAUGGAUGCCAUCCAUUAUCCAGGCUUCUGUUACAGUCCAGAGGGAGAGACGAAAGCCUUUUGUGGCUCUAAAGAUGGUUCUGCUCCGUAUCGGCUGAGAAGAAAAUCUGAACCUUCCUCAAGAUCACAUAAAGUUUUGAAGACCAGCGAAACAGCACAGGACAUUCAGAAGGUUUCCAGAGAGGAAGGGUCUCCCCAGCUGACUCCGGCAGGCUCGUCUUCCGCGCAGAGGAUCCAUCAGCCCGGCAGUUCCGCCGUUUUCAGCGUGCUUCGCGGGGGCGGGGCUGUCAGAAGCAUCUGGACCGACCACCAGAUCCGCCAGGCCUUGUUCCCCAGUCGCCGAUCUCCGCAGGAGAACGAGGAGGAUGAAGAUGAUUAUCAGAUGUUCGUGCCAUCCUUCUCCUCUUCAGAUCUGAAUUCUACCCGACUGUGCGAAGAUAGCACUUCCAGUCGACCUUGCAGUUGGCACAUGGGACAGCUCGAGUCCGAGGAGACCCCCAGCUCUGGCCACAGGGUGGUGCGGAGGGCCAGCAGUGCUGGUGAGAGCAACGCGAGCCCCCCUGACAUAAGAACUAGGGACAGUGGUGGCUCUCAAUACAGCUCCCGAAGGGAACUGCAGAAGGACCCUAAAACAGAGGGGCGGGAUGGGAUGACUCCCUUCGGGUCCUCUCUGGAGUUGACUAUUGAUGACAUAGACCAUGUGUAUGAUAACAUAAGUUAUGAGGAUUUGAAACUGAUGGUUGCCAAACGGGAAGACGCUGAAGCCCCUCCCCCCAGAUCAGCCAGGGAAUCCGUUCGCCCCAAGAGCACCCCGGAGCUAGCUUUCUCAAAGAGGCCAACUGGGCCUGAGAAGAGCUCUCUGCACCCCAAGAGAGAUGGAACGCCCCCGGGCCGGGAGGCCCUGAACCAAAGUGCACGCGACCUCCAGGUCGUGGAGGAGAACCUCUACGACACUAUCCGGCUCCCGGAUCCACCUUCCCGGGACUUCAAGUGCAGCAGCCUCAAGCAUCCCAAGAGGAGCAGCUUCCUGGGCUUGGAGGCCGACUUGGGGUGCUGUGACAGUCUGAGGGCCUCCAUUUCCCAGGACAGCCUCCAGUUCAGCGAGGACGAAGCGCCCUACCCCGCGGAACCUGCUGAUAAUGAUUAUCUGAGUUUGCUCUAUAACUCCUUCGGCUGUAACUUGUCCAUAGCUGAUCAGUCCAUCUCCGAUAAACUGUCCGAAGAAGUAGACGAAAUCUGGAAUGACCUGGAAAAUUACAUCAAGAAAAACGAAGUCAAAGCCAGAGACCGGCUGCUGGCAGCGUUUCCCGUUAGCAAAGAUGACGUGCAGGAGGGGCCGCUGACAGGCAGCACCCCGGAGCUGAGCACGCGCUCCGCGCUCUCGCUGCCCACGGGCCGGGCUCUCCUCCUGCCGCCCGGAGAUGGUCCAGGGCCGGCCUCCUGCGCUCUUGACCGAGCCUCGACCUCCAAAGACGGCUCCUGCCUGAGUCUCCACCGGCUCUCGCUGACCAGUGACCUACCGCCCGCAGAGAGUCCCUACGACGUGGCCGGCAACAGCCUGUCCCCCGUGGACCUGGAGAACCCUGGCCCAGGGAUGGACAAUGCAGAUAAGACCAGGAGCAGGGUUUUCCUGAUGGCCAGGCAGUACAGUCAGAAGAUCAAGAAGGCAAAUCAGCUGUUAAAGGUGAAAAGCCCUGAGCUGGAGCAGCCGCCCUGCAGCCAGCCGCAGAAGCAGGUGCCCAGGGACCUGGCUGCCAUCCUAGAAGAAAAGAAGCAGGGCGGGCCUGCCAUUGGGGCCAGGAUUGCUGAGUAUUCCCAACUGUAUGACCAGAUCGUAUUCAGAGAGACACCUUUUAAGACUCAGAAGGAUGGCUGGGCCAGCCCUCAAGACUCUUCCAACCUCAGGAGCUCAUCACCUUCCCACUCCCAACAUGGGAGCGGGGAUUGGCUUUUGCAUUCAACCUAUAGUAAUGGAGAGCUAGCAGAUUUCUGUCCCCGGCCAGAGCAAGACUUGAAGUCAAAAUAUCCCACCUUCGAGAUCAGUACAAAAAGUACCCCAAGGCAAUUGUCCACAGCUUGCUCUGUGCCUUCGCUUCAAACCCCCGACCCUCUGCUGGGCUCCCUGCAGAGACACAGCGUGGUGGUCACUCAGCCAAACAAAGAGAACUCAUGUCAGGGCCAUCUUUACAAUUCUCUGGGUAGGAAAGGCAUCAGUGCUAAGUCUCAGCCUUAUAACAGGUCCCAGUCGUCUUCCUCCAUCUUGAUAAACAAGUCUGCAGACUCCAUCAGCUACCCCAGUGACAUGGGAAGGAAGCAGCCCCUGUCUCUACACGGAAGUGCAAGGUGGGAGAGUCACCAGGAUUUGCUGCCGGGUAUCUCAGACUCCUGUCAACAGGGCACCGAAAAACGCUCGGAUCUCACGCUCCAGGACUCGCAGAAAGUUCUGGUAGUAAACAGAAAUUUACCUCUAAGUGCCCAAAUAGCUACCCAGAACUAUUUUUCCAAUUUCAAAGAGACUGAAGGAGACGACGAUGACUAUGUGGAGAUAAAGUCAGAAGAAGAUGAGUCAGAGUUAGAGCACUCCCACGGUCGUCGACGGAAAUCUGAUCCAAAGAUGAUGGACCCUGACUCUUCUGACAGUGUCUGCAGCAGCAACACCUCUUACCCUUUGACGAAUGCCUGCACUCCAGCAAAGCCAGCGAGCAGCAAACUGGGGAUGUCACCGUAUCUGACAUCAUACAACGAUUCUGACAAACUGAAUGACUAUCUCUGGAAGGGGCCGUCUCCCAAUCAGCAAAAUAUUGUCCAGUCUCUAAGGGAAAAAUUCCAGUGUCUUAGUUCAAGCAGCUUCGCCUAAGGUUCUUAAGAGUAGCUGCCUGAAUUCACUUCUUCUCAUGCUUAUAAAUUACAGACACUGAGAGGUGUUUUGUAUGUACCAGAUUAAAACAAUUUUGUAAUAA